CUCGCACCCCACCUAUCUUCGAUCCUGUGCUCCCUCAUUUCGGCCAUAUGUCGUACUAAGAUGCGACUGCUGUCCGGCUUGGCCGCUACCACGCACUACCACGAGAUCAACAUCGUUUGAUCCGCUGACGGCUUGAAUCUGAACCAGAGGGGGAAAUUACCCAAAAAGAAAGGGCGAACAACGCAAAAGAAGGCCGACACCAGAGCAAAAAAACCGCAAUAAAGCAAAAUGUCGAAAUCCGACAUCGAACACAGCAGCUCAGGGGCCAACCCCGAAGCGGCCGCAACGGACCCCGCCAAACCGACUCUCUUCCAGCGAUUCAAGACACACAUGAAGCGAUGGUGGUGGGUGUACCUGAUCGCAUUCUGCGUCGUCGUCCUCGUCGUCGUCCUUCCCGUCAUCUACGUCGGCGUCCCCAACUUUGCCAACAAAUACAUCAACGACUACGAGUACGACUACUCGGGUCUGGAAAUCACCAACCCGCGUCCGGACGCGUUCCACGUGCGCCAGAAGAAGAAGAUCUCCAUGGGCGGUGGGUUUAGCGGGAGUGGGUAUCUGAGCCCGUUUGACGCCGAUAUCAAGGUGCCGGAUACGGAGGAGACGUUUGCUGUGUUUCCUGUGCAGCGGAUUGCGUUCGAUGGUGGGGCGGAGCUGGAUAUCGAUCAGGAUCUGCAUCUGGAUUGUGUGGAGUGCUUGGGGAAGUUGGCUGUGCAGGCCGCGACGAAUGAGGAUCUCGCGGUUUUGGUGACUGGGAAGCCGGAUUUGAAGUUUGGGGCGCUGCCGACGGCGCAUUUGGAUAUUCAUAAGACGAUGAAGAUGAAGGGCUACGAUGUACAAAAAUUUGUCAACACCCCAGGCAGCUUCAACGUCACCAGCGUCAAUCUCCUAAAACCCCCGACCAAAGAAGGCUACAACGUCAACGCCACGGUCGUGCUCAAGAACCCGACUCCUUUCUCCGUCGAGAUGGGCUCCGUCAGUUUCAAUCUCUCCAUGGGAGGCUCCGACCUCGGCUACAUCGACAUCCCUAAUCUCACCCUCAAGCAACCCAGCAGUGAACUCGUCAUGCUGGGCGACCUGGACAUGGACCUGCUCAUCCAGCAGGGCGUAUUCGGGGACGGCGACGGCCUGGGCGAGGUCACCAUCGACGUCCAGGGCACUCGCUGCGAGUACAAAGGGGAGGAAAUCCCGUAUUUUGCGCCUGCGAUCAAGGCGAUCAAGGCGAGUGCGCAUAUUAAUCUGAUGGAUUAUGCGUCGAGUUUGAUGUAAUAUUUGGUUUAUCUUAUUUCAUUUAUUCUUCUAGGUUUAUGUUAUGUUUUUGAGAUACCUGUAUAUCUG